AUAUUCCAAUAAGUAAACUCGUGUUCAAGUUUAACAGUUGAGUUUAAGUAGAGACUAAGUGAUAACUUGAACUUGGUGAAAACUUCAUGGAAGUGAAAAAUAUAUGCGCCAGCCACGAGACGAGGCGAGAAGAAAGUUUAUUUUUAUAAUAAUAGCAAAACCAUAUGCGAAACCAACUACACCACAUGUUAACUACCUAUUAGAUUACUGAACCCAGGCCUAUGAACUUAUAACCAUGGCUGAUUAUGAUAUCAUACCUUCGUGCGAUGAGGAUGAACUGUUUAAAGAAAAAACUGACGAGGUCACAGACCUGCAUGCGUAUUACAUGUCACAAUUCAAUUUAGAACUUGAGAAUGGUAAAUCAAAACCCAAAAACGAUAGCUUUAAAUUUGGAACAGAAGAAAGCUUCGAUUUUGAAGUUUUAGAUAGUUGGACUACUACAGAAACUGCUAAGACUGACUUUGAAAUUAUAGACAAAGUUUUAGAUAGUAAUGUUAGUGAUCAAAAUAUCAAAGAAGUACUUCUUGACUUAGACAAUAUUGAAUUUGAUGUGAAUUUCAAAAUGGCAUACGAUAAUAAAGUGAAAACGGAUGUUUCUCACGAAACAAAUGAUUACAUAGACGAUGAAUCAUUACUAGAUGAGCUGUGUAGGGAAGAUGAGUCGUGUCAUUUGUCGCCAGAUGCUUUCAACGAAGAAUGUUUUAAUAUACCAAAUGACACACAGCUACCGUCAAUAGAAACUGCAUUUUCAAAACGUUACUGUAAUUAUGCUAACGAAGAUAUUGUAACACAGAGCGUGUUACAUAACACCGAAGUACCAGAUACAAAUCAGACUAUUACUAGUGUAGAACAAUAUAGCUACCCAAAUAAUAUUUUAUAUAACUUUGACAAUGAGAAGAGUUAUAUACUACCCGAUACACCCACAAGUUGCUCAGAAUUCAGCUUCGAGCGAAACGAAAGAAAGCCUUCAGUAUCUGAAUCAAUUGAGAGUUCUAGCUAUUACGAUGAUAACUCUGAAACAUUUGAUGAGGAUGAGUUAUUUAUUAAUUUAGAUGAUUUUGGAUUACAAUUGGAAACAGAUAAUGGGUUCGUUAGAUUUGAUGAAUGCGUUACUGCCAAACAAAGUGAAAUUGAAGAGAAAAGUAAAUCACAAGGUGAAAGAGUCUGCCUGUGGGAGCAAUGCUACGAGAGAUAUCCAAACCAAAACACGUUGGUGGAACACAUUGAGAGGUCUCAUGUAAACACGUAUAAAGGAGACGAAUUCAGCUGUCUAUGGAGGGACUGUGCUCGUGGACGCAGGCCGUUCAACGCUCGAUACAAGCUGUUGAUUCAUAUGAGAGUCCAUUCCGGACAUAAGCCAAACAGAUGCCAUCAUCCAGGAUGUGGUAAAGCAUUUUCUCGGUUGGAAAACUUGAAGAUCCAUGUGAGAUCUCACACGGGCGAGAGACCUUAUGCCUGUCCAGCUCCUCACUGCAGGAAGGCUUUCUCCAACUCUUCUGAUAGAGCAAAACAUCAAAGAACACAUUUUAAUGCUAGGCCUUACGCUUGCGGGGCUGUUGGGUGUGGUAAGCGUUACACCGAUCCAUCUUCUCUGAGGAAGCACGUGAAAUCUCACCCUCACAUACCAGUGCCUCGAACCUGCGUCCCUCCAACCAAGCCUCCCCGUAAAGAAGAGCAACUCGUACCAAGCUCUCCGGCCAAAUUGGCGACACUUAGAUGUAUAAGAGAUAAACUAAUCGUGCCGCGGUUGCAGAAGAUUUAGAUCUAUUUGUGUAUGCUAUCUGUGCGGAUAAUGGAUGGGAUAAGAAAUGGCUCUUGAAACUUUACAAUCAGCAUAUUAUGCUCGUCUGUUAACAAGUUAUUUAUUUACAGUGAAAUAAGAUUAUCGUAUUUUUUUGCAUUCUAAGGCUGGGUUACACCAAAUACUUUAGCAAUAACAAACAUGGUUAAGUACCGGUUAAGCAAAAAAUCAGUUCCACCAUUUGAUAAGUUUUAGAUUACGUCAUAAUUUUAACUGUUAACCGUUCAAUCUACUCCGGUUAAAACUAUUGUUAAUAAUAAAUAGCGAACUGACAAAAUGCAGUUUCAGAUAAAUAUUCGAUACUGACUUGAUACUUCACUUUUUAACUUUAACUAUGCAAAGGAAUACGAUGAUGGAUUUAUGAAUAAUCAUGAACAUGAGCAUUUAUGAAAAUUCAUAAUUAUUUUGUAAAUUUAAUUUGUAUAAGUAAUACCAGAAGUGAUAACCCAUCACUUUAAAAAAUAAUAAAUUGUUUAGAACUUCAUUUUUAUUGGUCAGUUUGUUCCAAUACAUUUAUGUCCAUCAUUUAAAAUAGAAGUGUAAUACUCCUUCUUAACUCUUGUAGUCAUGCUCCUUUCCAUAGCUCUUUGACUUGUGACAAGAUUUUCUCUAAGGGUCCUUUGAUUACUAACACACAAAAAAGUUGCUGCCCGAACUUGUAAGUAUAAUAUGAAAAUUUUACCAAAAAUUCCAAAUAAAUUGACCACAAACGACGAGACUAAACUAACCUACAUGAAAUUUCUAUGAGAUACCUAUUAUGUAUUUUUUUAGUUUUAAGACAAUUUAUUAGUUGUAGUUAACCCUAAAAUACAUAUUUGCUCAAAUGCUAAAGACUGUAUGAAGACAGCAAAAAAUUUUGACUUCCUCUAGAAGAUAAGUGAACGUAGUUUAGUAAUUGUGUUUAAAACACAAUGUAUGUUAAGUUUUAGACCAAUCCAUGUUAUAUAUUAUUACGUUGAUAGUUUUUAUAUUAGUAUUUUAAUCAGUAGGUAUAUUUAAGACACAAGGAGACUAGAAUAUUAAAAAUUUGGUAGAUAAUUUAUAAAAUUGCAAUUUUUAAAGUGAAAACUUCUUUUAGCGCGGUACGCAUAUUUUUAGAUGAGAAAAAAUCUCUGGACUCGCGUACGAGUGGGAGGCUCCUUUGCACAGGAUGCCGGCUAGAUUAUGGGUACCACAACGGCGACUAUUUCUACCGUGAAGCAGUAAUGUAUAAGCAUUACUGUGUUUCGGUCUGAAGGGCGCCAUAGCUAGUGAAAUUACUGGGCAAUGGAACUUAACAUCUUAUGACUCAAGGUGACGAGCGCAGUUGUAGUGCCGCUCAGAAUUUUUGGGGUUUUUCAAGAAUCCUGAGCGGCACUGCAUUGUAAUGGUAUCAAUUAUCAUCAGCUGGGCGUCCUACCUGUCUCGUCCCUUAUUUUCAUAAAAAAAAACGAGACACAGCUGUAGUGUGUGUAUAUACAUAUAGCAGACCGCGAACGCGUCUAGAUAAAUUAUUAUUAUAUAAUAUUUUUUUUUUCCUAUUCUAGUUACCAUGCACCUAUAGUUUCUAUUUUAGAUUGUAACAAUUUUGAUGAUAAUGAUGAUGAUUCAAGAGUUGUCGAAUUUGUUAACGAUGAUUCAUAAAAGAAUAUUAAAUGUAUUUUAAAGUUUCUAAUAAUUAAUAAAAUACAAUUCAUAACUAAAAAGCAAUUCAUAACCUAAUAAACCAAGUACCCAUCUAAAAAAUGUCUAACGUGUCAAAAUAAGUUUUCACUUCUGUCGGCACUCGCGGAGUACAACCCGUAAUUUUUUUCUCAGUUACAAUAUAUAAUCAAGAUGAUUUUUUCUCAUUAAAAAAAGUGUACGUGGACUUAUGUAUGCACGCAAGAAGUUAUACUUCUGUGUCUAACAAAGCAAAAAUCCUUAAAAUUAUUUAUUCCUUGUGCUAUUCUACGUUUGUAGAUAGAACAAUAUUGUAAAAAUCUUGUAACGAUGGCUUUGACUUAGUUAAUUAUAAAACAACUAAUACGGCUGUACGGGUUUUAACCCUUUGCCUAUCCAAAUAAUGGAUGAAGAAACCAAAAAAAAAUAACGAAUGUCGCAAACGUCAGAAAAUUUUUGGGAACCAACUUCACCCUGUUACUUUUGUGUUACAGUGAUGCGCGCGCAUCUUAAAAUUUCACUCUCAUCAUUUUGUCAUAACGCGCCUAAAGAAGUAUAACUUCAAAAAAAUUGUAUUUGACAUUCGCACCUCAUAUACAAUGUUAUAGUGCAGACUGUCUAUGAAACCAAAGAAUAUGUAAUAGUAUCUACAAGUAGUGAAACUUACAAAUUAGGAGUUUCACAACGUUGUUCCAUAUGGAUUAAAGUAUAGGUUAACUACAAUUAUUUCAUAUUAUAUCAAAUAUCUUCUUUAUUUUGUUAAAAUACUUAUAAUAAUUUUGUAAUAUAUUAUUGACACCUCUAUUU